CUCUUUCAGUUGUUUUUGAACAAGUAGCGAUGAGGAGGUACACUUGUGAUGUGGUCGUGGUUGGGGCUGGGCUAAGCGGUUUAACAGCUGCCAGACUGCUACAUAAACACGACUUAGAUGUGGCUGUUGUGGAGGCUUCUGGUCGUGUUGGGGGAAGGGCGUGCACAUUGGAGAACCCAGACCUUGGCAUGGUAUCAGACCAGGGUGCCGUUCGCUGUGGGCCACCCAUGUCCACCUUAUGGCAGCUGAUAAAGGAUGUUGGAGUGAAGGUCUGGCAACAGUCCCCUAGCCAAAUGGUGUAUAUCACAGAGGAUGGUGUGUCAAGGUUCAACCCCACAUCUCUUCCCACAUGGAACCCUCUAGUUAGACUGGACCAUCAUAAUGUCUUCAGUACCAUGGACAGGCUGGCUAACCAGAUCCCACCAGAAGAGCCCUGGGAGGCCCUGUCAGCCCAGGAGUGGGACUCCUGCACCAUGAAGGACUUCUUUGACAGGACUGUGUGGUUCAAGUCAGUGCGAAGGAUCACAGAUGCGUUUGUCCGUGCGAUCGCCUGUGCCGAGCCAGAGGAGGUGUCCAUGUUGUGGUUCCUGUGGCUGCUGGGACAGACAGGAGGGGGGAGGUGGGCAACACUGGUCAACCCAAACCCACCACAGUUCAGGGUCAGUGGAGGCAUGCAGCAUCUUUGUAAGGUUCUGGCAGAACAGUUGGGAGACAAGGUGACCUUGAACUGUCCUAUCACCAAGGUCGAGAAUGUGGAGGAUGGAGCCCUUGUCACUAGCAAGGAAGCUACCUGGGAGGCUAAAGCUGUCAUCCUGGCUGUCCCUCCUCCGUGUUAUAGUAAGAUUAGCCUCUCGCCAGCCUUGCCUGAGGCCUUCCAUCACAUCACCAUGGGCCGUGUCUACAGGUGCACUCUGUACUACAAGACUAACUUCUGGGGAAAUGGAGACAGAUUUGUACAGCUGUUUGCAGACUAUCCUGGUUGUCUUGUUGUGAAUGCCUAUGACGACACUGUUCCUGGCAACAAGUACCCAGCAUUCACAGCGACAGUGUCAGGUAGAAAUGCAAUUGAAGCAAGAAAGAUGACUAAGGAACAAAGGAAAAAUGCCAUCUGCAAAUGUUUGGCCAAAGCUUUUUCUUCAGAAGAAGCCAUGCAGCCUUUGCAUUAUGAGGAGAAGAACUGGAAUGAAGAAGAGUACAUUGGUGGAGGUUUCUGUGGACAUUUCCCACCUGGUGUUCUCACCUCUAACAAGACCUUUGGCCGGUGCAACCCUACUGCAGGCAGAGUGUUCCUUGCUGGGGCAGAAUCAGCCACACGUGGAUAUGGCUUUCUGGAAGGUGCAGUCUGGGCCGGUAAAAGAUCAGCUGAGCAGGUAAGGUCGACUACAAGCUCUUACAUAAGCAGCUACACACUGUACAUCAUUGUUUUAUAGAUGCAAGACUUUGGUU